AUGGACGAUACCAGAAACGAUUCCGGGGUCACGUCUGAAAGCGACUGCCCAUCAGCUUCACCCGAAAGUGACAGAAGUGGUAACCACAGAUUCCAUACACCACCACCACAGGAUGGAGACUGCAGGACCGACGCUAGCCAUAAUCAUUUCACCGGCUCGCAAGUUCCGUUCGGACAAUGCGCAUAUUACAAUGGUAAUUUAUCCAUGCCAUCAACUUCAGGAGGUGGCGAUUCAUCAAUAAGCAACAUGGAUAUUUCGAGUCAAAACGUCGACAAUUCUAGUGAUAACGAUCUAACUGAUAUUAACAAGCCCAAAUUCAAUUCACAUGGAAAAGUCAAACAGCACAAGUGCAAGCACUGUAAAUAUGUCGCUAUUACCAAACUGGACUAUUGGGAACAUUCAAAAAUCCACAUUAAAAGAGAUAAAAUGUUAAAGUGUCGAAAGUGUCCGUUUGUCACAGAAUUUAAACACCACCUAGAGUCCCACAUUAUGAAUCAUAACGGAACCAAGCCUUACAAAUGUGAUUCUUGUAAUAUAUAUACUGUCUAA